GGGAAGGGGGGAAAAAGCUGCUGCUGGCCGGCCACCACCGCGCAUCUUGUCAAACUCAUCUCAUCUCAUCUCCUUUCGCCUGCCUGCCUGCCUGCCUGCUUCCAGCGCGUUGGAUGGCUGGUGCAUUUAAAAGGAACCUACUUACUACAUACUGUACUGUACAGUACAGUACCUGGCAACCCGACCUGCAUGCCCAAACGAUCGCGAUCGUGGCUGCUUCUAGAAUGCAGCUAGACACACAGACACUGACACACACACACGCACGCAUGCGCGACUCCUCAAGAAGGAAGACGACUCGUCGUGCCAGAUGGCAGAAUCAGCCCAUUACGACUGUCGCCCUGAAACAGCACUGCCGGAUGGGGUCCGAAUGUGUGCGUGUGUGCGUGUGCGUGUGUGCGUGUGCGUGUGUGUGUGUUCCACGUCCUGUUGGGCAGUCAAGUCAGUCAGUCAGUCAGUCAGUCAGUCAGUCAGUCAGUCAGUCAGUCACCAUGGGCCGACAUUCUAGCCAAUUAGUGCGCCAUAAGUCAUGCGGUGCUGAAUCCUGUUCACGAGCACGUAAGCCAGACACCCCUCGCGUCCUCCAUUAGUCGUUGCGUUGUCAGUCAGGGCUGCUUGUCGUCGUCGUAGUACGGACGGACAUGCGCGGGAUGCCCUGAUGGGAUCAGAUGCAGAACAACAGAAUGCAGUGUGCACUUGAUUAUUAAUGGAAGCACUUGAUGAGCAGCAAGCAGCACGAGGCUCACUAGAAAGUACGAAUGGCCUGUCCUGCUUACUACCUACCUUAGCGGAGAUUGAUGACGAGGUUUGGGAGGAGGGUAGAAUAAGAUGGAGACGAUGGACGAGAGUUCAUGUUCACAUCACAAUAUUCAUAAUCACUUCUGGCUAAAAAGAGCCGCGCCUUGUAGGAAACCAG